CUUGGCGCUGUACUAGCGCCUGGUUCUCUCCAGGCCGCAGAGCUGGCGGCUCAGGAGGAAUCGCAGAGUCAAGAAGUUCUGUCUAACAACUCUCGGUCAAGACCGUUCACUAGACAAUGGAAAUGCCAAGUAAUCAUGAUAUGCUGUGAUCAUGAUCAUGAUCAUGAACUUCAGAAGUGUAUAAGGUAAACUUUAUAUUUCCAAAUGGAGACAAGUAUGAUGGUGACUGUACAAGAACAUCUUCUGGAAUCUAUGAGAGAAAUGGAAUGGGUGUUCAUACCACACCUAAUGGGAUUGUCUACACAGGAAGCUGGAGAGAUGACAAGAUGAAUGGUUUUGGAAGACUUGAACAUUUUUCAGGAGCAGUAUAUGAAGGACAAUUUAAGGAUAAUAUGUUUCAUGGAUUAGGGACUUAUACAUUCCCAACUGGGGCAAAGUACACUGGAAAUUUCAAUGAAAAUAGGGUGGAAGGAGAAGGGGAAUAUACUGAUAUCCGAGGACUAGAAUGGAGUGGUAACUUUCAUUUCACAGCUGCUCCAGGCCUGAGACUAAAGCUGCACAUGUAGAUGUUCUGCAUUAAAGUACAUGAAGCUUUUAGUUGUAAGGAAAGCAACUCAAUCUAUUGUUUGAAAUUACUUUGUAUACUACCUCUGUAUUGUAAGUUUUCCAAUAAAACCAUCACUCACUUAUGCA